CCAGACCGCUGGACACUCUUUAUUCUGAAGGCCCGUCAUUUAAUUUAUAGUGAACACAAUGUUUCUCAGUGUCCAGUGCUUUCUGGUUUUCUUCUCUUUGUAUUUCCAAGAAGGAUUAUCUGCGGACUAUGAGGCGCAUCUCGGAACAAAUCUUCAUUUACAGAGAAUGAAGCGACAAAGCAAGUCAACAAAACCAGUGUUGAAAGUGACAGACUACCACGUGACGUGCUCGGUGGUGUCGCGCUAUGCCGUCACCACGGUGGAGAGUUCGGUUUGGAACCAGCUCCCCAUCAUCAAGGAAGCCGCUUUCGAGGUGGAUCUGCCGUCCUCUGCGUUCAUCUCCAACUUCACCAUCACCUCCAGCGGCAAGGUGUACGUGGCCCAGGUGAAGGAGAGAGCGGCCGCCAGGAAAAUUUACGACGCCGCGAAGAAGCAAGGAAAAACAGCCGGACUCGUCGCCACCAAAGAGAGGGAGAUCGAGAAGUUUCGUGUGGCGGUCAGCGUGCCGUCAGGAGCUCGGAUGUCCUUCCUCCUGACCUACGAGGAGCUGCUGCCCCGCCGCCUCGGCCGCUACGAGCUCAGCCUGGGCCUCAGGCUGGGACAGCUUGUGCAGAACCUGACGUUGGACGUGAGCAUAACAGAGAGGACGGGAAUCAGCUUUAUUAAGGUCUUUCCGCUCAAGACAAGCCGGCUGCUCUCCAACACUGCUCAAGGAGAUGCAGACGCCCCGGCAUCCACUCGUGUUGAGCGGAGCUCAACCUGCGCUCGAAUCCACUACAGCCCGACUCUGCAGCAGCAGAGCAGCGUCUCCGCCAAGGGCCUCAAUGCAGACUUCAUCGUGCAGUACGACGUAGACCUCCGAGACCUCAUGGGAGACGUUCAGGUCUAUGAUGGCUACUUUGUGCAUUACUUUGCACCCAGAGGUCUUCCAGUGGUUCCUAAGGACGUCAUAUUCGUAAUUGAUGUCAGUGGCUCAAUGAUUGGAACCAAGAUAAAGCAGACCAAGCAGGCCAUGAACACCAUCCUCGGGGACCUUAGAGAAGGAGACCACUUCAACAUCAUCACCUUCUCAGACAAAGUUCACACUUGGAAGAAAGGUCGGACGGUGCGAGCGACUCGGCAGAACGUACGAGACGCCAAAGAGUUCAUCAGGAGGAUUAUUGCAGAAGGAUGGACCAACAUCAACGCAGCUCUGCUGUCAGCUGCUCAGCUCGUCAACCCUCCGUCCUCCGGCCGCCUCUCGUCCCAUCGUGUCCCUCUUGUAAUUUUCCUCACUGACGGAGAGGCGACCAUCGGCAUAACGUCCGGCGACACCAUCCUCACCAACGCCAAGAAGUCUUUGGGCUCGGCCUCUCUCUUCGGCCUCGCCUUCGGAGACGACGCGGACUUCCUCCUUCUCAAACGCCUGGCUCUGGAUAACCGGGGCGUGGCCAGGAUGGUGUACGAGGAUGCGGAUGCAGCGUUACAGCUGAAGGGCUUCUAUGAUGAAGUAGCUAGCCCUCUGCUAUCAGACAUCCAGCUUUCCUAUUUGGAUGAUCAAGCGUUCGACAUCACCCGAUCUCUUUUCCCCAACUACUUCCAAGGAUCUGAGCUGGUUGUGACCGGGAAAGUCAAACCAGGCGUCAAAGAUUUCAAGGUUUCAAUGUCAGCGACUGACUCGAAGCAGCGUGUGAAGCUGGAGAACGAUGUGCUGACGUCUCACGUAGAGGGGAAUGGAAGUACAGACUCACUCAGCUGUUCAGGAGAUUUAGAAGGGAUCUCCAGCUUUGUGCACCGACUCUGGGCGUACUUCACUAUCAAAGAGCUGCUUCUGGCUAAACUGAACGCCUCUGACCCAGCAACCCAAAGGCUACUGGCAGAAAAAGCUACCAAUCUCUCCCUCAAAUACAACUUCGUAACACCGGUCACCUCUUUAGUUGUAGUUAAGCCGGAUGCAGACGAAGCAGCUCAAACUCCGACUACUGCAAAGCCGACUGCUGCAGCCACCACAGCAUCAACAGUGACCACCGCUAAAGUAUCGGCCAGCAGGAAGUCCAGCCCCUCAUCCAACCCCAGGCCCAACAAGGCCAAACCAGAGCCGCCGCAGCCCCCUCCAAACAAACAGCAACCAAAAAAACCCUCACCACCAACUCCCAUUGCAAAGACGGUGGUUUCUGCAACCAAGAAAACAGCUCCAACCACCACCCCCACCUCGGUGAGAACUGCCCCAGCACCACUCUCUGGUAAAAAGCCAGCUCCUUCCCAAAACACGUCCAAGCCUGCUUCUCCUCCUCCUGCUGGAAAGAUUUCCACGUCUCUGCUGAACGCUCUGAAAACAGCGUCUCCCCCUGCACCUGGAAGAGUCUCCACUCCUCUGCCCACAAAGACAGUCGCUCCCUCAACAACCGCCGCAGCACCGACUCUGACCACCAGUCCCUCGCCGCCCAGCACCUCUCCCAGAACCGAGCCCACCACCCCGAAGACAGCCGGCCCCCCUGCAGCCAGAGCCACCGGGCCGCCCCCGACGGCAGAGAGCAGCAGCAGCUCCGCUCCAGAUGCUCACCGGCCUGCGGUCACCACCGCCCAGCCCGGGCCCACGUCCGCCCCCCCCACUCCGGCCCCGGCUCCCGCCGUGGAGUUCAACUCCAGCACGAACUCGGAGGCUGACCCCGAGCUGAGCAUCGCCACCCUGCUGUCUGCCACCUUUGCCCCCAUGCCUGGGGUGACCGAAGGGCCUCGGCUGUGGGAGGCAGCAGGGCUUCUGGAUGUCUCUACUUCCAUUCAGAUUCAGAGAAAAGAUAUUGACCUCGUGAAAGACUAUGAUGCAACCUAUGACUACGACUACGACCUCAACUUUGACGCCUGGGACGACACUGCAGACACGGGGUCCUUUGUGCUUGGGAGUGAGGCGGACUGUCCUUUAGUUGAAUGUCUUGUGCUUUUAGAGCCUUCGUCUAGACUGAGCACCGUCAGGGUCUUCUCCUCAUCAGUUGACGGAGAUCCUCAUUUUGUGGUCCAACUCCCAAAGCUGCAGCAGAACCUGUGUUUCACCGUGGAUGGAAAAGCGAAUGACGUGCUCAGACUGUUGGAAGACCCGGACAGAGGGAUCAUCGUGGAUGGUCGUCUAAUGGGCGCGCCAUCCAAACACGGCGUGGAAGACCGGUCCCGGACUUACUUUGACCAGCUCACCGUCUCUGCAGCCACGGGCCUCUCCGGUGACAUUAUGAUCACGCUGUCGCUGGACGCCGUGGUGGUGGACGGGGAAGCGAGGGAAACCCUUCCCAUCAACCAGCAGGGUUCGGUGACCCGGCAGGGCGUGACGGUCACUGUGGACCACCACCGGAGCUGCUGGAUCGAGCUGGCGAGGGGCGUGCAGUUCCUGGUCCUGUUUCACUACUACAAACAUCCCAGCUACCUGCAGAUGGCCCACCUGGGGUUCUAUAUCUCGGAUGGACGGGGGCUCUCCGCCUCCACUCAAGGCCUGCUGGGUCAGUUUCAGCACGCUGACAUGAGCGUGACGGCGGUGACGGACCAUCCGGACAGAGGCGCUCACAGAGGACACAAGGAGGAGGUUUUAGCCAGCGGGGUCCUGAGGUGGGGGUCGGAGCACAUGCGGGUCAACCUGCAGGACAAGACGCUGAAGGACUCGUUCCGGAAACGCCACCUGGGGAAGUGCUGGGUGGUGCCCAAGGCGGAGAUCGAGAGACUACUGGGUCAUCCGUACAAGAGCUACGUGGUGAAUCGUGUGUAAUUCAAGCCGAGUCAGCUCCACCUCGCUGCAUGUGUGUCUCUCUCUCUCUCUCUCUGCUCCACAGCUCAGGUCACAGCAGUAGUGAAAGGCACGGCGAUAUCAAACAAAGGAUGAACCAAAAACUGUUCAAAGAACCGUCACACAGAGGCUCAGGGACAUUUUCUAAGGAGUACAGGUGUAGAAGAGGAAAGAGGAGGAGGGCGUGGCCGCAGUGAGAAAGAAAGUUGCAUGUGAGAGAGAAAAUGACAAUUUACAGUUGCACGGACAGAGUGAAGGACUGAAUGCCGCCUUUGUGCCUUUUUCCUCCAUCGCUGAAUUUGAACGGGAUUCAAGCUCUGUGUUCUGUAUCUAUGACAAGAGACGCAAUGUUCUCCCAGUCGCAUGGCAACGACAAGACGUCCAUUUGUGCUGCAGCACUUUGCGCUUGCUCCGAAAAGUCUUACACAACGACUUAAGUUAUCAGAUCAAGGGGAGAGAGAUUCUUAAUAAUCGACGCCAGUUUUGUUUCUCGGCAUCAUUCUCUAAGUUGUAUUUUUAGUACGAGUGUAUAUAAAAUAUUGCUGUAUACUUGCAGUGUGAGAUUUUUGACGGUGUGAAAAUAGUAUAAAUUUUGUAAAUUAAAACAAGAGGCUUUACAUUACCAUGCUUUAGUAAAACAGAAUGUGAUGAAUAUCUCGAUGUAAUGCUGAUCAAUAAGUAGCUCAGGGGCAUCAGGGUUUUUUUCUUUGCAUGCAUGGAUUUUUCUCCAUGUCACCCGGUUUCCUCAAAAAAACCUGCAUUUGAGGCUAUUUGAUGUCCUUAUAGUCCCCCAGAAGUGUGAAUGUGUGACCAGUGCAUCAGCUGGGAUCACCUCCAGCCCCCACAGGUUGAAGCUCUGUAGGACAUGGAUCCAAUGCAUUUCAUGUGUUUUGUCAUCUGCUGGUGAAACUGCUUCAUUCAGUCUGCAGGGGAGAUAAAAUAUAAAUAGAAAAUGAUUAAAACAGAAUGUUAGGUGGGCCGAUGUGUGCACCACCAUACAUGUUUAUUUGUAGUCAACCGUGCUUCCUCAAAAAGAGACACAAAUCAGGGUUUUCCAUGUGCUUUUUUUUAUUUUUCUAUCAUUUCAUUCAUAGUUUAAUUCAUUUUAUUUGUUACACAAGACGUUAGGCAUUGUUCACAUACUAGUGAUCAAACAAGGACAGUAAGUUUUCUACUACUCAGCCUGAACUAUUUCUUCUUGUCAAUUUCAAGGGAUGUUGUCAAUAGUGGUUUUCAAAAGGCCAUACUGGAUGGAAAUUAAAACAGUACAACCACACAUGAGGCUUUUGUUUUCAAUAAAUAAAAA